AUGGAUGACCGCCUCUCCAGGCUUGAAGAGCAGGCGCGCUCAGUCGAGAGGACAAUCCCUUCCAAAUCCACCGGCAAGGCAGUCCUCGAUGCCACCAUCGAGACUGCUGAGUUGUACUUCCAGGCUCUUCGCCUCGCUGACAAACCUGAAGACAAGCAGAGGCUGGACGCCAGGUUCAACGAACUCCUAGCCCGGGCCGAGCGGCUCAAAGCAGCUCAGAAUGAACAGCAAAGACCAACCCCCGCGGAAAGGUCAAGACAAGUCCUCAAACCACCUCGCUCAAACCGCGAGCUCACCACCAGAGAAAAGAUCAUCCUCUUGGAGAGUGGAAAAUUGAAUGGUUUCAAGUUCAACCCUUGGACGGCACCACCGUCCUCGGACGAAUUUGCGCUUCGUGAUGGCGGCCUUUUAUUCACAGAUUUGAGCUCUCUGCCUCUAUCCCCGGGCCAGCUUGAAUCAUUUGACGGUUGGAAACGACCGCAGCAAGCACUUCCGUCUGUCCACAGCGACCUCAAUGGCUCCAAUGGCCACAAUGGCGCCGAUGGGGCCGUCAUGUAUUUGCCAGAGUCUAUAGAUCUCGUGCAAGAUAUGACAUCCGACUGUUCAGUGGUUGCAAGCCUUUGUGCUCUGACCUCCAGGGCAGAGCGCGGCUUUCCAAAGAUCUUGCGGGACGUAGUACAUCCGUUCAACUACGACACUGAUCGAAUGAUACUGUCGCCCAACGGAAAAUACAUUCUCAGGUUAUAUUUCAAUGGCUGCUGGAGAAGAGUGGAGAUUGACGACUAUCUGCCUUCCUCCAAGACUAGCCGAGUCCUUCAUGUCAUUGACCGCCGCCAUCCCCGAUUGCUAUGGCCGGCCCUGGUUGAGAAAGCGUACCUGAAGGUCCGUGGCGGUUACGACUUUCCUGGGAGCAAUUCUGGUACGGAUCUUGCCGUUCUUACCGGGUGGAUUCCUCAACAAGUCUUUCUACACGACGAGGAGGUCGAACAAGACCACUUGUGGGAAGAGAUUAUUGCCCAGUUUCGGAGAGGAAACGUUCUCGUCACCAUCGGAACCGGAAAAUUACCCCGUCGUGAGCAACGGCAUCUCGGUCUUGCAGCAGAACAUGACUACGCGAUCCUGGACAUGUCUACUAAUGGUCAUGCCAAAGAAAUGCUUGUCAAAAACCCAUGGGCUGAUGGAGAUGUGUGGCGGGGAGCAGCAAGGCGGCGGCCGAAUCGAAGUGACGAAGAAUCCUCGGCUAGCACGCCUGAAAACGAGGAGAUGAUGCCAGGCACUUUUUGGAUGGAUUUCAACAGUGUCUUUCAAUAUUUUGAGAACAUGUAUCUCAACUGGAAUCCUGGGCUGUUUUCUUACCGCGAAGACCUUCACUUUUCUUGGGACCAGGCCAAUGUCACUUCAAAUACUAACCUAAUUGUCGACAAUCCCCAGUUUGCGGUGGCAACUUCUGAUCCGGGCGAAAUCUGGUUGCUACUACAGCGGCAUUUCCGAACAGGAGACUACACACAAGAGACUACAAGAGAAAAUGGAUAUAUCGGCCUAUACUUAUAUACUCGUGAUGGCAACAGAGUCAUCUCGAGUGAAGGCGUAAAGAUACGAGGUCCAUUUGUGGACUCUCCCAAUACCCUGUUAAGGUUCAAAGGUACGGCUCAAUCGUGCUAUACUGCAGUUUUGGUAUCACAGGAUCUACCACGUGGGAAAAUGAACUUUACCAUUUCGGCUCUGUCAAAAUAUCCGGUAGCACUAUCAGAAGCUCGACUGCCAUAUCCUCAGAAGUCCAGCCUCAGCUCCGCCUGGACCAGGUCGAACGCUGGAGGAAACUCGGACUCAGCAAACUACUUGUCCAAUCCCCAGUUUCGAAUGUCCCUGUCAACUGAGCAGAGGAUUGCACUAGUCCUGCGGCUUGUCGAAUCCAUUACCCCCGCCGCUGCCACGAAGCCCGAUAUCAAUGUCAAAAUCCUGGUACUUUUCAGCAACGGGUCAAGGAUUACCCGACUUCGCCCACGGGAUGUUCUCGCGCACUCGGGAGACUAUCGACGAGGGAGUGCUGUUGUAGAAACCAAGCUCGAACCUGGGAAGUACACAAUUAUCUGCUCUACGUUCGAUGAAGGCCAAUGUUCGGAUUUCUGCCUUGACUUAUACUCCUCCUCUGCGGGAGAUGGUGCAACGUUGACUCAGCUACCAGCGGAAGGUGCCGGCCGAUUGAGCAUCAAGAGUACCGCCGCAGUGUUCCGGAAUACCACCAAUCGCCUCCUGGCUCCUCUUACAGUCUCGAGGCUAUCUCGGAUUUCGUUCGUCGCACGAUACGACACCGUCACCUCUGCUCAAGCCGCGAAUUCCUCACUCUUCAAGAUGACACUUGAGCGAGGUCAAGGACCAUACAAGGAGAUCCUGGCGACCAGCGAGAUCGACAAUGAGGAAUUCAGCAGUAUCUCGUCGGGCCUGCGGAUUGUUGAUAUAGAUCUGCAGCCGUCGUCACUGAGCGCGGCGCCUUAUACUGGUGCAGCAGGUGGUCUGUGGCUUGUUCUGGAGCGGUUGGCGCAGGGUGGUCAGUGCGGCGGUGACGAGGAGGAGGGGGUGCUCGCGGGAAAGAAGGAUGAGAUUUUGAGAGUGGAGAUGUUUACGGAUGAGAGAGUCGAGUUGGACGCUUGGGGGCUGGGGGACGGUUGA